UUUAGAAAGCCCGUCAGUGACGAAGCGGAGUUCAGCCCACAUGAUGAUCUCCGGAACAAUCCGCUGCUCAGCGCCUCACAAGUGAACAAGUGACAGUAAAAUCUACCUCGAGGAACAAAGUUUGUGGCUGAAAGCUGUGUUUUAGAUGCAGAGUUAGGUUUCUCUGUAACCCCGCGUGUGCUUGAGAGAAAUAUAGAGGUAGAAAUACAGGCUGAAACAUUGCACUACUUUUUUAUUUUUUGUUUUUUUUUCUUCCUAAUUGCAUUGCAUUGCACUCAAGCGUUUCUUGAGGACUGAGGAUGCAUACCACCCAGAAGGACACCACCUACACCAAGAUAUUUGUUGGAGGUUUGCCCUAUCACACCACGGAUUCCAGCCUGAGGAAAUAUUUUGAGGUGUUUGGGGAAAUCGAGGAGGCUGUCGUGAUUACCGACAGACAGACUGGGAAGUCCAGGGGGUAUGGUUUUGUGACAAUGGCAGACCGCUCUGCAGCAGACAGAGCUUGUAAGGACCCCAACCCUAUCAUUGACGGCAGGAAGGCUAACGUGAACCUGGCUUAUCUGGGAGCCAAGCCGCGGGUCAUGCAGCCAGGAUUCGCGUUUGGUGUACCCCAGAUUCAUCCGGCUUUCAUCCAGAGGCCUUAUGGGAUCCCCGCUCACUACGUAUACCCACAGGCAUUCAUGCAGCCCAGCGUGGUGAUCCCUCACGUGCAGCCGACCACUGCGUCCGCCGCCGCUACUGCCUCUUCGCCCUACAUUGACUACACUGGAGCUGCAUAUGCACAGUACGCCAGCGCUGCCACCGCUGCGGCUGCCGCUGCUGCGUAUGAGCAGUACCCCUAUGCUGCCUCCCCUGCCGCAACCGGCUACGUCACUACAGCUGGUUAUGGCUAUGCUGUGCAGCAGCCACUGGCCGCUGCCACCCCAGGCUCAGCUGCAGCCGCCGCAGCUGCAGCAUUCGGUCAGUACCAGCCCCAGCAACUGCAGGCCGAGCGCAUGCAAUAGCAGCUUAUGGCACCGAGAAGUGAGGAAAAGCCAAUGCCCAGUGACUGCUCAUUGGCCAUAUUGAGGUAUCUCACCAGAGGAAGGAUAAUGUGAUUAGGAGGAGGAGGAGGAUUGAUGGAGGUGUUUAAGUGAGGUGGGAACUCCAUCGCUUUCCAACUUGCUGUGAUUAAACCAAAAAAAGAAAAAAAAUGUGAAAAAAAAAAUCAGAGAAGGCGUAAAGACAGAGAAUUAACUUUUUACCAUUAUCAAUAUUGUUAUUGUUACCUUUAUGCUUAAUAUUGAUGUAGUGUAUUUAUUGCUAAAGGAGAACGCAAUGACUAAUCACUGUGGCUUGGAGGUGUAGAAGAAGCCUUAAGUCCAGAUGCUGUCAUUAAAUUAGAAGACUUUUCUUCAUGAAAGGACGUUAGAUGUCCGCACAGUGUUUUGAUUCUGAAGCCCUCUAACUUACAUAUUUAUUCUCAUUUUUGAGGGAAUUUUUUUUCUUCUGUUCUGUCGUCUAAUGCGCAUUGCAAGGUUUUACUUUCUGAUUAUCAGGGAAAUGGAGCAUUUUUCCAACAGAUUAGUCAAGACAAACAAACUCCGCCAAUCAGGGAGUAGUACACAACUGUGGAGAAAUGGAGUGACGGAAAAUAUAAUUGUCGCAUUGUCUGGCAUGUUCAGGAUUACCUUUUUAUCUUCCUGAUGCUGAAUGUCCCCCUACUCUGAUCCCCAUUUUAACCUCUUGACCUAUGCAAAGCAAAAACAGCUGCCAGGAGACAAAACAAACUGUGGAAAUUUCCUGCCACCCUCCUCUGAAGAACAACGAACAAUUUCAGAGCAUGAUGAAAAGACAUUACAUAGUAUUAUUUGCCUACUCAAGCACACGCACACAUACAGACACUAAUUUCUUUAACACUGGGGCAAAAUGUUAACUCAGCUACACAUUAUUGCACACGUACACUUAUCCAUGCACUUCCAUUGUAUGAUAAGUCCAAAUUGACAAAAGGUCAGAGCUGGAGACUUGUGAGUGAGGAGCAGGCAACAGCUGCUGUGUGGGGACAGACAGGCUCAUAUACACAGACACAGAUUGCUCUGGAAAGAACGCAUCACUUGUGCUCAUUUGUUGAGCUGUCACAUUUUAAUCCCUGUGCCCGCUUGGGAACACGUCCCCCCUCCAGCUUUGUCAGCAGUUCCACCUCUGUCCUAGAGAGACAGGUUGGAGGCUUAAGCCCAGGCUGCACUCCCCCGAUCCCCUUCUAACAUCACCCUCAACACCCGCCGCUGCGUCUCUUGCUCAUGAGCAGCUCCUCUCUGGAACGAACGAGUGAAAGAGCGAAACAAACAGACUUCGACAGUGUACCAGUGAACUUCCAUCAUUCAACCGAACUCUAUCGGUGUAAAUCAUCUUUUUCCUUUGUGUUUGUCUAGAGAAAUGUCUGUGCACCAGCAUGUCUUUCCGAGUGAGAGAUGAAUCCGUUCUCUGUUCUCUCAGAAAACCAAAUGUCACGUCUUUGUACUAGAAAGCAGCACUAAAGCUGAGGGCUCAAACACGAGUAUCAGAGUUCACAGUGCCUUACAACUGUAAUGCUAUUUAAAGAGAAAAAAAGAGAAGUGCUAUUUAUUUAUUUUGAGUUAUGCUGCGCUCUAAGGACGGCGACUUAGUGGCGGUACUGUAUUAAUAAUAAUGUAUUCAUCUCAUGGCAUAUUAUAAGUUAUUGAGUAGAUUUAGUGAUAGUAUCAUUUAACAUACUCAACCAAAAAUGUUGAUUUAUUUAAGAUACGAUUCUGUAUGUGCACUGUACAUUUUUUUUUUUCUAUGCCUUAUGAAAUUUUAGAGCAUUUCAUUAAAUAUCUGCUAGGUUAAUGCCUCUUGUAAGAUGUUUAUUUAAUGCAGGCCUAUUUGCAGGCAGGAUCUCUCUUUCGUCAUAUCUAGAACUGUAGAACAUUUAAAAAAAAAAAACCUCCUUGUAAAAACUAAGCAAAAUGCUGCUUCAUACACUAGAAUGUAUAGUCCUUGUCAAGGUUCAAUAUCUGUGCUUCUUCUGCUUUUAAUAGACAUCAGAUGAGCUAUUUUACACUGUUAGGACUUUUUAUACUUGAACAAGGGAAAAUAUGAAAAGCAAUUACAAAAGAGAACUUUUUAAGGAAGCAUUUCAUUGUCACUGGAUUUGGGCAUGUAAGGUGUCAUUUACUAUUUAAUGUAAAUCCAAAGGUUGUCUCAGUAAGCCUAAUUUAAUCCUUAUUUCAGAUUU